CGCGCCUCCCCCCGCGGAGCGAGUGCGGGUCACCGGGUCACUGGGUCAUUGUCUCCGCGCCCGAGCCCCGAGCACCCCGUGGAAUCCCCCACGUCAUCAGCAGAACCAUCAAUGAGAUGCAAACAUGAAAGACAAGAGGAAGAAGAAGGACCGCACCUGGGCCGAGGCUGCCCGCCUGGCACUAGAAAAGCACCCAAACUCACCAAUGACAGCAAAGCAGAUAUUGGAAGUCAUUCAGAAAGAAGGGUUAAAAGAAACAAGUGGAACUUCUCCAUUAGCCUGUUUGAAUGCAAUGCUUCACACUAACACUCGAAUAGGGGAUGGAACAUUCUUCAAAAUCCCUGGAAAGUCAGGCCUCUAUGCUCUCAAAAAAGAGGAGUCAUCAGGCCCCACAGAUGGAACGUUGGAUUUAGGCUGUGAGUCUGAACUGGAUGGCACAGAAAUGGCGGAGGCCAGUGCCAAUGGAGAAGGAAAUGGAGUUUGUGCAAAGCAGGUAACUGAUGAAGCAUCUUCCACUCGAGAUUCAAGCCUUACUAACACAGCAGUGCAAAGCAAAUUAGUGUCUUCCUUUCAGCAACACACCAAAAAGGCUCUUAAACAGGCUUUGAGACAGCAGCAGAAAAGAAGAAAUGGAGUUUCAAUGAUGGUAAACAAGACUGUUCCUCGUGUUGUUUUGACACCAUUAAAGGUGUCUGAUGAGCAGUCGGAUUCGCCUUCAGGAUCUGAAUCUAAAAAUGGUGAAGCAGACAGUUCAGAUAAAGAAAUGAAACAUGGGCAAAAAUCUCCCACUGGAAAACAAACAAGUCAGCACUUAAAACGAUUAAAAAAGUCUGGUUUAGGACACUUGAAAUGGACCAAAGCUGAGGACAUUGACAUAGAAACUCCAGGAUCUAUUCUUGUCAAUACUAACUUGAGGGCAUUAAUAAAUAAACAUACAUUUGCUUCCUUACCUCAGCAUUUUCAACAGUACCUCCUACUUUUGCUCCCAGAAGUGGAUAGGCAGAUGGGAAGUGAUGGAAUUUUACGCCUCAGUACAUCGGCUCUAAAUAAUGAAUUCUUUGCAUAUGCAGCACAAGGAUGGAAACAGAGACUGGCAGAAGGAGAAUUUACUCCAGAAAUGCAAUUGCGAAUAAGGCAAGAAAUUGAGAAGGAAAAGAAAACGGAACCUUGGAAAGAAAAAUUCUUUGAAAGGUUUUAUGGAGAAAAGUUGGGCAUGUCAAGAGAGGAAUCUAUAAAGCUUACUUCUGGACCAAACAAUGAUGGAGCUGAAAGUAGUUCCUCAUGUGGGACGUCUGGGCUUCCAGGUCUUUCUGUACAGACUCCCUUGGAAGAACAACACCCAAAAGGCAUGAAAAAUCCAGCUUCUCCAGAGCCUGAUUUCUGUGCCACACUUUGUCCUAUGGUAGAAGUAGGUAAAGAUGUAAUGGUAGAAUCAGAAUCAGAGGAUAUCUUGAUCUCUGAAGAAUCUGUAAUUCAGGAGGAAAUUGCAGAAGAGGUAGAGACUAGUAUCUGUGAAUGCCAGGAUGAAAAUCAUAAGACAAUCCCUGAAUUUUCUGAGGGGUCUGAAAGUCCUGCCAACUCUCAUGAAGAACCCUCAAUCGCACCUCCUGAAGAUAAUUUGGAAUCCUGUGUUAUAAUGAAUGAUGUUUUAGAAACUUUGCCUCAUAUUGAAGUUAAGGUAGAAGAGAAAUCAGAACCUCCCCAGGAAGAAAUGUCAGUUGUUAUCAAUCAACUGGAAGUAUGUGACUCUUUUAUUCCUUCCACUUCGUCUGUAACUCAUGUCAGUGACACAGAACAUAAGGAGCCAGAAACUACAGUAGAGACCAGUACUCCAAAAAUAAAACCAGGGUCAUCUUCUUUAGAAGAACAGUUUCCAAAUGAAGGAAUUGCUGUAGAUAUGGAGCUACAGAGUGAUCCUGAUGAACAUCUUUCUGAAAAUGCUUGCAUCUCGGAAACUUCCUUCUCUUCCGAGAGCCCAGCAGGAGCUUGUACCAGUCUGACAUCCCCAGGAGGGGAAACCCAAUCCACUUCAGAAGAAUCAUGUACUCCAGCCUCCCUUGAGACAACAUUUUGUUCUGAGGUGUCCAGCACUGAUAAUACAGACAAAUAUAAUCAGAGAAACCCCACUGAUGAAAACCUUCAUGUUUCUUUGAUGUCAGAAAUAUCUCCAAUAUCUACUUCCCCUGAAAUAUCAGAAGCAUCUUUAAUGUCCAAUUUACCUUUAACAUCUGAAGCAUCCCCAGUUUCAAAUUUACCUUUAACAUCAGAAACAUCACCCAUGUCUGAUUUACCUUUGACAUCAGAAACCUCUUCAGUGUCUUCCAUGCUUCUCACAGCUGAGACCACUUUUGUAUCCAGUUUGCCACUUCCUUCAGAAACAUCUCCAAUUUCUAAUUCUUCCAUGAAUGAAAGAAUGGUACAUCAACAAAGAAAGUCACCUUCCAUAUCUGAAGAACCACUCUCGCCACAGAAAGAAGAAUCUUCUCUCCCUUCUAAAUCCCUUGGAGAGAGCCUUCACUCUCAGCAAAAGACUAUAUCAAACACUCCUGAAGUUAUCAAGAUGGGUUCUUCCAAUACUGAGGCAUUUCCAUCUGAAGAAUUACACAAUAAGACCCUGAGUCAGCAGUCUUGUAAAUCACAUGUUGAAACUGAGAACUCUUACCCUGCUUCAAUUGCAGAACUCCCUUCAAUGGAAAUGAUAAAAGUUAAAAACCAUAAUGUCCUACAACGAACAGACAAGAAAGGGGUGUCCUCACCAUUGGAAUUAUCUGUGUUUACUGAGGAGACAGAAAGUAAGGGAAGUGAGCUUCCAUCAGUCAAAUUACAGGAUAAGCAAUACGUUCCACCAGUGGAUAAGCCUUCAUUUUCAGAAGGCUCUAGGAAUAAAACACAUAAGCAAGGGAGCUCACAGAAUCGAUUGGACACCUCACAUAAUACCAAGUCUUCAGAGCCCUCCAAGUCACCCGAUGGCAUAAGAAAUGAAAAUAGAGAAUCUGAAAUAUCAAAGAGGAAAACUGCAGAGCAGCACAGCUUUGGAAUUUGUAAAGAAAAGAGGGCUAGGAUAGAAGAUGAUCAGUCAGCCCGAAACUCAUCAUCCGGCAGCCCACCCGAGAAAGAACAGCCUCCACGAGAGGAGCCCAGGGUUCCACCCCUCAAGAUCCAGCUUUCCAAAAUUGGGCCACCUUUUAUUAUCAAGAGUCAACCCAUCUCCAAACCAGAGUCCCGAGCAUCCCCUAGCACAUCUGUCAGUGGUGGGAGGAACACAGGAGCCAGGACCCUGGCAGAUAUCAAGGCUCGAGCCCAGCAAGCAAGGGCCCAACGGGAGGCGGCAGCAGCGGCUGCUGUAGCUGCUGCAGCGAGCAUCGUUUCUGGUGCCAUGGGGAGCCCAGGAGAGGGUGGAAAGGCAAGGACCCUGGCACAUAUCAAAGAGCAGACAAAAGCCAAGCUCUUUGCAAAGCAUCAAGCCCGAGUCCACCUCUUCCAGAACACUAAAGAGUCCCGAUUGCCUCCACUCAGUUCAAAGGAAGGGCCUCCAAGCUUAGAAGUCUCUUCAACUCCUGAAACAAAAGUUGAAGGCUCAACUGGUGUCAUCAUUGCCAAUCCAAACUGUCGAUCUCCUACCAACAAGUCCAUGCACCUCCGGGAGACCACCACUGUAUUUCAGCAAUCUCUUAAUCCAGCUAAACUUCCAGAAACUGCCACUGAUUUAUCUGUGCAUAGUUCUGACGAAACUAUACCUGUGUCACAUUUAUCUGAGAAAAUUAUUUCAUCUACCUCUUCUGAAAAUAGCAGUGUGCCCAUGCUUUUUAAUAAAAAUUCUGUCCCUGUGUCUGUUUGCAGCACUGCUAUGUCGGGAGCAAUUAAAGAACAUCCCUUUGUGAGUUCUGUUGAUAAAUCCUCUGUUCUGAUGUCUGUUGACAGUGCAAACACUACAAUUUCUGCUUGUAAUAUAAGCAUGUUAAAAACCAUCCAGGGAACUGACACUCCAUGCAUAGCCAUUAUACCAAAAUGUAUUGAAAGCACUCCUAUUCCCACCACUACAGAGGGCUCCGGUGUGUCGAACUCCAUGGACGACAAGCAGUUGCUCAUGUCAAGCAGCAGUGCCAGUAACAUAGUCUCCAGUCAGUACACCUCUGUGCCAACUCCCUCCGUCGGAAAUAGCUUGCCAAACCAUCUCUCCACUAGCUCUGUCUUGAUUCCCCCAACAGGAAUUAACAGAUUUCCUUCCGAGAAGAUAACCAUGCCCAAGAGUGAGGAGCAGGCCUCAGCAUCCAUGGGCACCACUGUGAGAGCAGCACUCAGCUGCAGGGAUUCCGUCACCGUCACAGACACUCUGGUUGCACGCCCACCCAUGGCAAUGUUUACUGGAAGCAUGCUAACAAUAAACUCUUACGAUAGUCCUCCCAAGUUAAGUGCUGAAAGCUUGGACAAAAAUUCAGGGCCUCGCAACAGGGUGGACAAUUCUGGGAAACCUCAGCAACCUCCCGGGGGCUUUGCACCAGCAGCCAUAAAUAGAUCGAUUCCUUGUAAAGUCAUCGUUGACCACAGCGCCACGCUGACCUCCACUUUAUCUCUGACAGUCUCCAUUGAAAGUGCAGAAGCCAGCUUGGACCUCCAGAGCCGAUCGGUGAGGACAGAAGCGCCCAUACAGCCCAUGGCAUGUCCUCAGGUAUCUGUCAUUAGCAGGCCUGAGCCGGUUGUAAGUGAAGGCGUUGAUCAUGGUUCUGGUUUCAUUGCUGUUUCUGCAGCAAAACAAGACUGUAAAACGAUGCAGGCCACCUGCACCAGUCUCCGGGAAGUACCCCUUGUUGUUCCAGACAAAUUAAAUGAGGGGACUGCCCCUAGCAAUAGCUUUGCUGAGCAGGCAUGUGUCCCAACCACUUUCAAAAGUGAAGCAGACACAACCUGUAGCAAUCAGUAUAAUCCAGGCAACCGGAUUUGCUGGAAUGAUGAAGGGGUGAGGACCACAGGACAGCCUCUGGUCAGUCACUCGAGUUCAAGUAAACAGAAAGAAUAUCUAGAGCAGAGCUGUCCAAAGGCUAUCAAAACCGAACAUGCCAGCUACUCACACAUGUCAGAACUUCAUCCCAGGAAUCUGAUAACAAAUGUCACUCUUCCUGUGAAAUCCGAACCUCAUGAUGUGGACAAGGGCUUCAGAAUGGACACUGAAGACUUCCCUGGCCCUGAGCUGCCUCCACCAGCUGCAGAGGCAGCCCCCAGUGUGCAGCAGACACCAAAUGUGAAGGCUCCCACUUCUGGUCCGAUGGAAGAGGCCAUUUCCUUGGCUACAGACAACCUGAAAAGAGUCUCCAAUGCAGGGAGCUCAAGCUGUCGUCUGUCCUCAGUGGAGGCUAACAAUCCACUGGUGACACAGUUGCUGCAGGGCAACCUGCCUUUGGAAAAAGUGUUGCCACAGCCCAGGCUGGGAGCCAAACUCGAAAUUAACAGGCUUCCUCUGCCUCUUCAAACUACCUCAGUGGGCAAAAUAGCACCAGAGAGGAACAUGGUUGAAAUGCCUUCCAGCUCUCCAAAUCCAGAAGGAAAGGGCUACUUGGCAGGGACUCUUGCACCCUUACAAAUGAGAAAGAGAGAAAACCACCCCAAAAAGAGAGUAGCCCGGACUGUGGGGGAACACACUCAAGUGAAAUGUGAACCAGGGAAAUUGUUGGUGGACUCAGAUGUUAAAGGGGUGCCUUGUGUCAUCAACUCCGGCAUGAAUCAGCUGGGACAUGGCCAACCAUUUAAGCAAGAGUGGCUGAACAAGCACGCCAUGCAGAACAGAAUUGUUCACAGCCCUGAGGUCAAACAGCAGAAGCGACUGCUGCCCUCCUGUAGCUUCCAGCAGAACCUGUUUCACAUUGACAAGAAUGGCGGCUUCCACCCUGAUGCUGGUACCUCACACAGACAGCAGUUUUACCAAAUGCCUAUGGCAGCCAGGGGCCCUAUUCCUACUGCAGCUCUGUUGCAGGCCUCUGCCAAGACCCCAGUGGGCUGUAAUGCAUUUGCCUUCAAUAGGCAUCUUGAACAGAAGGGAUUGGGAGAAGUCGGUCUCUCUUCAGCACCUCACCAGCUAAGGCUAAGCAACAUGCUGUCCCCCAGUAUACCCAUUAAAGAAGGUGAUGACGUGGGAGGGGCUGCACACCCAAUGCCAAACAAAGCACUAGUGCAUCCUCCACCCCCACCACCACCUCCCCCUCCACCCUUGGCUUUGCCCCCACCUCCCCCACCACCACCUCCACUACCUCCACCUCUUCCUAAUGCAGAAGUCCCGUCCGAUCAAAAACAACCGCCAGUUACCAUGGAAACCACUAAGCGACUUAGUUGGCCACAGUCCACGGGCAUAUGUAGCAAUAUAAAAUCGGAACCUCUUUCUUUUGAGGAAGGUUUAAGCAGCAGCUGUGAACUGGGCAUGAAACAAGUUUCCUAUGACCAGAAUGAAAUGAAAGAACAGUUAAAAGCAUUUGCGCUAAAAAAUGCAGAUUUCUCUUCCUAUUUGCUUUCUGAGCCACAAAAGCCUUUUACCCAAUUAGCUGCUCAGAAAAUGCAGGUGCAGCAACAACAGCAGCUCUGUGGAAAUUAUCCAACAAUACACUUUGGUAGCACGAGCUUCAAAAGGGCAGCAUCUGCAAUUGAAAAGUCUAUUGGGAUUUUGGGAAGUGGCUCCAACCCUGCCACCGGCCUGCCUGGUCAGAACGCUCAGAUGCCCGUCCAGAACUUUGCCGACAGCAGCAAUGCGGAUGAAUUGGAACUGAAAUGCUCUUGCCGGCUGAAAGCCAUGAUUGUGUGCAAAGGCUGUGGGGCCUUCUGCCACGAUGACUGCAUAGGUCCUUCAAAACUCUGUGUAGCUUGCCUGGUUGUGCGAUAGGAGCUGAAUGCAAGAUGCAGUAUCCCUUUUCAACAUGGAAAAGCCAAACGGCAUCAGCUGCAACAAAUUGAAUAACUCGGUGGUUUAUAGCACGCUAAUUUAUUUUACUUUGGAACAGAUUAUCUUUUCUCUGUGGGAUUAUUAUUUUCUUGCAUUUCUCAGAAAAGGGAGAUUGCAUCUCAAUUGAGUGGCUCACCAGCAUGUUUUUUGCAUACUUAGUUGCGGUUUCCAGCUUGGAAAAUUUCUGUCCAAGGAUAUACAGUUCGCUAGCCCGUUCAUCUUUUUUUAAUCCAGGUGUAGGUAGGAAAGGACAUUUUAAUGACUUACUGCUAAUCGAAAUGAGGAGUGCUAGAAAGAGAAUGGCAAAAGGGACCUAAGGUGGUUAUGCGAUCUUCUGCAAGUUGACUCUAACACAAAGGACCUACGGUCACCACAGUGAUUAAAUUGUAUUUGGAGAGGGGAAUCUGAUUUAAAUACGAUUCCUCAUAUUUACUCGUCACAAAAGAUGCAUUAAAGGAGGCAUGCCAUUAAUUAACCUCACUGUCCUUUUUCCCUUUCCUCCCAUUUUUUCUCUUUCCAGAGGCUGGCAAAAUUUCUAGGUCUGCCUUGGACAUUGUACACACACUGUACUGAAACUGCAGUGUGAGCCUCUUGCCCAGUAAUCUGGUCUGAGCGCUUUGACACCUGAUAUUGUUAAGAUCCAUUGGCCAGCAGAGAGCCACUGGCCUGGCAAAUUGCAGAACUUCAUGUGUGGCUUUUAAGAGCAAGUAUGAAAAAAAAAAAAAGCCCCCAAAUCAAAAGCAGGCAAGUAAAAGGCUUGUAUGCCAAUGCAUAAACGGGUUGAUAAUAGAAAUUGUAGUCCAUUCUCUUCACUAAUGCAGUUUGGGGGGAAAUAAUUGUAGUCCUUUAUUGGUGACAUUGCAUUCUGGCUUCCAGUUCAGCAGAGUAUGGACACCUCUUCCUAAAAGUGUCAUUGCUGACAAAAAGGAACUACAGAAAGCUGAAGUGCGGACAUUUUCCUCAACAUAUUUUUUCCAUGAUUCAUGAUCUAUAUAUCAUUAUAUUUGACUUUGAAAUAGUCAUUAUUUUAAAAAUCUUCCUAGGUAUUGCAUGUCUUCCUGCCCCUCAGGUGAAUUUAGGACAUUCUUCAUAUUUAGGGGAAUAGAACUGUUUCUGAAAAAGGGAUACUGCAUCUUACAAAUAUUGUCAGUGUUUAUCCUGUAAAGUCUGAGUGUGGAGUAUUUGAGCUGCGUUUCCAGAUACUUUGGCCAACCUCAUGCCAGAGCAAAGUUGCCCUUCAGAAGGCUCUGUUCCCCAAGGCAAAGUGAAAAGCACAUCCUCAUUGUGGAAGAUGAAAGACAACAGAACCCACGCCCAUUUAACUUCAGAUUACAGAGCACAAAAUGUGGUUUGCCAUUAAUCCACUGAUUCAUGGUGGCUGGAGAACUAAAAAAAGGGGGGAGGGAAAUCAUCCACAUCCAGGGUAAGAAUGACAGAUAUUUUCACAUGGGAUUAUCCUAAUCAAUGUACACUUUUAACAUUCCCUUAAAAUAUGUCUUAAACAUAAACUGGAAUGAGCAGGAAAUACAUUCCUGGAAACCACAUGAUUUUUGAUAGUAAUCAACCAUGGUAUGUUGUUUUUCUCCAUAUUAUUGUGAUGCUGCCAAAUUUCUUUAAGUGAUGGACAUGUCAUUUUUUAAAACACAUUACAGAUAAUGAAAGAUUAUCUUAAAAAAGGAAAGAAAAGCAAGGAAGGGCCAGCUUCUGUGGCCACAAUUUGGUGCUUCAGUACAGUCACUUCUGUUCUUCACAUUAAAAUGAUCAAAAUAAAUGACUAAGAAAAUUAGCAAUGCACUUAACCAGCCCUUCUUUCCCAAGGAUGCAGCCUACGCCCAGCGGAUCCUUGGUUCACUCUGUGCCGGGUUGUGAUUGGGUGGAGUACUAGCCCGUUGUGUCUGUCUGGUCUGCUUCGCUCUGAUAUCAUCUUGGUUCAGAAGAUCAUGCUUUUAUCUCACAGAGGGACACCCCUAAAAUACAGACACUUGUAUGCCAACUCCUUCCAGAUUUAGUCGCCGCUAUACCAGUGUCAGAUACUGUCUACACCAGCAGUUUCAAAACUACCAUAUUAGUAACUGACACUGUGUUGAAAGAAACUCUUGUCUACAGAACUUUUACACUCUGUAUAUGAGGUACAAUUAAGGCAGAUGUGCUGUUGAGCUCACUAACACUUCCAUCAUUUGGAACCUGCAAUUUGCUUACUGGGAAUAAAGAAAAGUGUCCUUCUGCAUGUUUUGAUUUUUCACCUAUGUAGGUUUGGAGAAUCAGUUCUUGAUUAUGCAUGGAUUCUAGCACCCAGGUCCAAAGAGCAUAAUUUUUCUGUACCCCUUUUUUUUCUUGCCCCAGUUUAAAUUCCUAAUGUUUGCAUAUAAUACUGAAAAAUUCCUAUCUUUGGGCUAAAAUAUGGAAAGAAAGAAAAAUUCAGAAGUAAAAUAUGGGUGGGCUGAUUUACAAUGGCCGCUUAAUUUAUAUACACAAAACCAUUAAUUUUGCAUUGGAUGAGUAGGUUCUAAGUUUCCUGAUUUUCACAGGUGUCGGCCUAUGUGCAAAAGGUGUUUGUUAUUUACUACAUAGUCACUGUGGUGUAAUGUGCAAAUUUUAGUGUGUGCAUUAUCCUGAUUAUUGGACACUCUGUUAUCCCUAUCAGGAAUAGAACUUGCACAUGUAACAUGUAAUUUUUUUGUUGUUGUUAUCACAAAGGAUGUAUUUCCCUAAGUAGCACUUUUGGAGCAGGGGAAGGAAGAAAACUGCUAUUCCCUAACCCCCUCCUAUGAUAUGAUAUGCAUAUGCCUGAGGUGUGUAAAGACAUUUAGGUAGUUAAUGGGCAUGUUAAUAAGAACGUUCUGAUGCAAAUUCAUUUUCAAAAUGAAAAUGUUUCUCCUUCCCCAAAGUGAGAAUAGCAGAACUGUCGGUGAACUGAGCACCAUAGUUAUAUAUAUUUCCCUGCUAAGGUCUAGUUUGAAGAAAAAAACUUGAAAACAAACCUAUGAGGUUGAGCCUGGUUGCUAUAAAGACUUUGUGGUGGUGUGUGUUUUGGGGAUGAGCUAUAGAAGGUUUAGUUGGCGUCUAGACCUUGCGUAUUCUUUCUUAUUCAAAAUAAACACAGAAACAAAUGGUUUGGUGCAUUUGGUGCUUCAUAAUAUAGUCAAGAGUAAGAAUACAUGAUGCUGCAGCCCCAUUUCAUUUACAAACACUCGCACAGUUUCAAAGGAGGAAGUUCCUGUGGCCUUGGUUUCCCAGCUCCCGCUUGGUCUGGUGAAGUCCCGGGUCACAGAAGCUGAAGCCGAGCUUAGGGUUGCAUCGUCUCUCUGGUGUGGAGGCUGGCACCGCACUAGCUGCCUGGCGGGUGUGACCCCGCCGAACAUACAGAGCUCAGAGUCGCUGUCCAUCUGUGUUUCCAGAGAACAAUGUGAAGAGUCCUAGGAAAGGAACUCAGCAGACUGUCAGGGGCCUAUGUAGCCAAAAUGUCACUGAAUAGAAAAACCUUGUCGUCUUCAGUCCUCAUGCUUUGUCACUGUAAAGCGAACAAAAAGCAUUUUUACUAUAAUUUAAAGGAGCUGCUUUUUUAUAGCACAUACUAUUUCGCUUUGUACUAUAUUUGAUAGUAGCAGAAUAAUUUAGACUGUAGAGAAACUUUGUUGUAUUUGUACUGUUCAUGAAUGUUUCAAAGAAAGUGCUUUACUUGGUUGCCAUAAUUUUCUUGUACUGCUGUAUUUUUUCCCCCUGCUUCAUGGAAUCUUAAUCUAAUUCAUAUUUUCAGUACCUUUUUUUUAAAAUGUGUUUGUGUAUUUUUUUUUUUUUUUGGUCAGUAUUCUGAAUGUUUACAUCUGUUUGACAUUAGCCAUUUAAUGCCUUUUUUAAAGGUGGUAUUACUCCUACAGUAUAACAGCAAAAUGUGAAAUCAACCCAAACAUAACAUGCAUGACAAACACAGAUUGGGGGCAAAGACCCUGAACGUACAUAGACAUUUUAUAUCAGCAUACAGAAAAGUAAAACCCUCCUUCAGUCCUCUACCAAAGAAUAUAUUCUUCCCACAGGAAAAACUCAGAAAAGGUGUGUAAAAUCCUCAGAAGGGGGAGCAGUUGAUUCAGUGAGACUGCUACAAUUUAAUACUGUUAUGCUUGCUUUGAUACCUGACUAAAUGUGACUGAGUGCAACAAGCAUUGAAAAAAUUUUUAGACAGUGUUUUGUUUAGAAUUCAGGGAUCAUGCAUUCUUUAAUGGUGCUGUUUGUUUUUUAUUUCUUCUUUUCUAUAAAGAAAAAAAGUGUUGCCUACAAAAGUGACUGCUCACAAUACCAUAAGUUAAAUGAAAUGAAAUGUUUGUCUCUUCAUAUUUCUGUUUUUCCCUUUCUCAAAGUAACAAUUUGGGUUUCAAUAUUAAAAUAUGCUGGAGAAAAUAAAGAAAUUAAACAU